AUGAAUGCUGGGACCACAGUCCAUGCAGGGACCUACAGAUGUUUUGUAUCUUACGCCUACAACCUGGCUCUCUGGUCAGGGCAGAGCGACCCCCUGGAGAUUGUGGUCACAGGAUCUCUGCUCUCUGUCAGCAGAAGCAACACCAUGUCACCCACAUUCAUCAGCUUGCUGUGUCUUGGGUUCUUCAUGGUCCAGAUCAUCUGCAUACAAGCGGGAGAUUAUGACAAGCUCUUUCUGUCUGCUUGGCCAAGCCCUGUGGUUCCUCAAGGAGGACAAGUCACUCUCUGGUGUGACUCUCAUCUUGGGUAUGACAUAUUCAAACUGCACAAGGAAGAUGGGGCCCAUGUCCCUGAGCUUCAGGACAGAAUGUUCAAAAACAAUUUUACCAUGAACUCUGUGACCACAGCACAUGCGGGGACCUACAGAUGUUUCAGGCCUUAUUUUCACUCCCCAAAGAGAUCAGCAACCAGCAACCCCCUGAAGAUCAUGGUCACAGGUCUAUACAAGAAGCCUUCUCUCUCAGCCCAGCCAUGGCCUGUGGUGAGGUCAGGAGAGAACAGGACAUUGUUCUGCAGCUCUCAGAGCUCAUUUGACUUCUACCAUCUAUAUUGGGAGGGGAAGGCCCUUGAACGCCGGCUCCCCGCAGUGCAGAGCCACAAUGGCACAUCCCAGGCCACCUUCCCUCUGGGCCCUGCCACCCCAGCCCAUAGUGGGACCUACAGAUGCUAUGCCUCUUUCAGUGGCUCUCCCUACACGUGGUCGGCCCCAAGUGACCCACUGCACCUUUCUGUCACAGAGGCCACCAUUAUGGACACAGAGCCCAGGGAAGACCAAAUGAUGGAUGGAGAGAUCCAGACGCCACAGUCUGGGGCAGUGCCAGGGCCCUCGAGUGCACCCUCCACACUGCCCGGACAAAAUGAUGUCCAUUGGAGAGAAGAGACUGGACACCCUGGUCCCACCUCAGGCUGGCUCUAA